AUGUCUUUUCGUCCACUCAUUCCACUACCCAAGCCAGACGUACAGAAACAACAACAAGUUAAAUCAUUGCAGCAGUUAGCAUUGUUGGCGGUAAACAAUCCAGGUGAAGCCGCCCGGGAAAACCUACCACCUUGCCACAGUGUGCGAAUCCAACUCGAAGCACGUGAAUUUGAAGAGGCGAGACAUGAAAGCAAAAAAGAACACGAAAAGAAAUUCCGGUAGGUCAUGAAAAAAAUUCAAGUUGAAUUAGUUUUUGUUUCCGAACCACGCGUUAGCUCUUUUAGAAUCAAAGGUCGUAUAGAAGUACACUAAAACAAGCUAGUUUGCGAUGUUUGAAUCUAUGUUAAGUAAGGAUGCUGUGUUUUCUUCUUGUAGACAAACGCUGCGUGAUCUUAGACGUCUUCCCCUGUGCCCCUACACAGAUUGGGUCUUCAAUGACGUUCACUGCCAUUGCAAUACGCGUUUGGGAACUCUAAGAUUAUUAAUAGACGAUUUCAUAAAUUUUAUGAAUUAUCGCGAAUUUAAUCCUGUCAGAGCAUUGUACAAUUUUGAGAAAUGUUCCGUUUGCCGGGUUCUUAUUGUUCCCCAACAUCACCGAGGAAGAUUUAGCAGAAAAUCAGUGACGAGAACGAGAACAGUGUUGUAA